UAAACGGCACCAGCUCGCCCCUCUCUCCUCUUCUGGCUUCUGAACUAGUGCUAUACUGGGCACCCCAGCACCCCUCAGCCCCCCCCCCUGAAAUCUCUGAUGGACCAGAGAGCCAAGGGGGGCACCCCUCCGCCCACACACACCCGAGGAGAGAGCAGGAGAGGGAUGGUGCAGGGCACAGGAGCGAGGGGGACGGCGGUGCAGUACUGGAGGUGCACAUAGAGGGGCGCUGUGGUGGUGCAGGGCAGCGGCAGUUGCAGUUCCCAGGCAGAGAGAACACUUGCUCAGAGGGGAAUGUCAAGCUGAGGAUCGAGAGACUGCAAGCCAAGCGAACCAAGAAACCACCCAAGCUCCUGGAUAGCUACGUUUGCAAACCCACCAUCAGGACCUACCAGAGGCAGGGCAGGGGUGCAGCGAGCCGGGGGGACAGCGAGGGUGGAGGGUCCGGGCCGGGGAAGAGCGCCCCUCCACCUGCGGGAAGCGCCAGAGAGCCGGGGCAGAGUCAGGGGGCUGACCUCCACACAUCUUCCUCUCCACCAGAACCACCGUCAUCAUCCUCGCUUCCUCCACCAUCGUCCUCCUCGUCAGCAGAGGGUCUUGGAAGCUUCAGUCCGGCCCCAGCCAGCCCAGGAGCGACGUCAAGCAAGCAGGUUCCUCUCAAGCGGGCAAACAAGACUGAGGUGAAGUCGGAUGUUCCUCCUGAGAAGGUUUCCAACUGCAGCUUGGCCCCUUCACCCCCCAUGAAGCCCUUCGGCCCCCCUGCCUCCCCCCCCCUGCCCCCCUCAGCGGAGAGGCCUGGGAGGCACGGAGACGGGGUCUGCAUGCCACCUUCACACCUUCCAGACGCUAUGGCUCCUACAGGGAGGGCGGGGGCCGUCUCAUCCGCCGUUACCCCUCGCCCCUCAAAGUCCGCUAAGGUCAAAGGUCGAAAACAAAACUCUUCCUCAUCGCCUGCCCCUGCAGUUGCGAGCGCCGGGCCGAGCCCCCCAUCCGAGGAGGCUCUGACCCAGAACAUCCCCCCAUCCGAGGAGGCUCUGACCCAGAACGUCCCCACAGACCGUCCAUGCUCCCCCUCCCCCUCCGAGCCCCCUGGCUCCGGCCACACGGCUCUGACGCAGCGCUCAUCCACCCCGCCCACUCUGGAGAAGGAACGAGCCAAGAAGGACAAGUCCAAGAAAGAGAAAGGGAAGGAGAAGAAGUCGAGACACCUGAAAGGAAAGGAUGAAAUGGGACAGAGUGAGAGAGGGAAGGAGCUAGGCUCCAAGAAAAAGAAGGGGAGGAAGGGACGUGAUGACAGAGGGAAGGAGGAGCGGGGGAGAGACCCCAGUCUGAAGGACGAAACGGAGAGGGAUGAGAGGAGGAGGAGGGAGGGUAAGCCCAGCCCAGACGUCCACAGGGGGGCCUCCGAUCAUACAGCCCCACCCAGUCUGACCUUUGACCCUGCAGGAGCAGCAGACUCAGGUGAAGCCCCCCAGACAGACACACAGCAGCCCGGACAGACAGCAGCAUCUGAUCCAUCGUGUGACGGACCAGACGAAACCCUCUCCGGGGUCAGCUCGUCUUCCCCCUCCCCCCCUCCCCCCUGCGACCCCGCCCCCCCCCCUCUCGGCCCGCCCCCCCACCCCGCCCCCAGACCAGGACAGCCGGCCGCUGAAGAAGCGUAAGGCGAGGCGUCCCAGUUGGACCAGGCUGGUGAACCGGGCACAGAGGCUGGAGGAGGCCCCUCUGGACCCCCACCGAGACGCCCCCCUGGACGCCCCCCUGAAGCCCUCCUCUAAGGCCUCCAACCAUCCCACAGGUGAAGCCCACCACGGUCCUCCUCUCCCCCCACCCUCCAGCUCCUUCCCCCUCUCCACCUCUCUCAAACCCCGGCCAGCAGGCCAGCCUCCAUCGCCCACCUGGACCCAUUUGAUGACCUGCGACCCCAGCCCCCUGGCGGCAUCUAAACACCCAUCGGCCAAGGCCCCCAAAAAAGUCUGCACCAAAUCCCGGACACCGAGCGUUGAUGAACC